AUGGCUUUAGCAAGUAUUAUAAAUGAUCGAACAGCUCGAUAUUUUGAUUUAAUUAAUAAACCUGAAACAUUAAAAGGAACCGAUGGUCUUCCAAUAGCUGAUUCAGAAUAUAAAAAUUUACCAAGUAAAGGAACAAUUAUUCCAGCUACUUGGGAUGUUAGUUUUGGUGAUGUACUUAAUUGGUCAAAAGGGCGUCCAACUGAUGCUUAUUUUGUUAUGGAAAAUCGAACAUUAUUAAAAAAUCCUGAUCGUACUGGAUCAGGUUAUUUAACAAUUCCAUUUAUUAUGACUAAAGAUACUCGAAAUGCUUUACUUAAAUAUGAAUAUGUUAUAAAUGGUAUUGGUAAAGAUUAUGUAUCAACAGUUGAAAUGCGUCCUGAUGAUGUAUUUAUUGUAAAAAAUUGGGGUCAAGUACCUAAUGAAAUGCAAUCACGUAAUGUGGAAUUUAUUUAUGAUCCACUUGAAGAAUUUCUUUAUGUAAAUAUUCCAUAUACAUCAAAAUCAAAAGAAUUUAAAUUAGGUUCAACAACAAUGAAAGAUAUUGAAACAUGGUUUUUUGGUGCAUUAGAAGAUCAAGCUUCUUUUCGAAUUAAAUAUGAUUUUUCAGGUCCACAAUAUCAAAAAUAUCAUGAUUUAUAUCGAUUACAUGAAGAAAAUUUUUCAUUACCAAAAACAUGGACUGCUGAACCUGGUACAACAAUUGUAGGUCAAGAUAAUGUUCGUGGUGAAUGGAUUUUUCAUGGUGAUAAUAAACAUUUGAAUGAAGCAAAAAAGAAUGUACAAGAAUUUUAUAAAGAUCUUGUUAUUAUCAUGGAAGAUAUACCACAAAAAACAGUUACAAUUGUUUAA